GCUACCAUACUCCAGGAAGCCAAGCGAGCCAAAGCCAAGGGACAUCCUACCACCAGGACCAGCACAGCACAGACAGCUACUGCCCGGCCGUGCUGUGCAGAUCGAAUGGCGGCUCCGAGAUCCGCGGCGGCGCUCGUCCUCGCCGCGGCGCUGCUGCUGUCGUCGCCGGCGGGCGUCGCCGUCGUCCGCGGGCAGCAGCCGCCGCGGGGCAACCCGUGCCCAACGAACGCGCUGGCGGACCUCAAGGUGUGCGCCGACGUGCUCGUCCUUCUCAAGCUCAAGAUCAACGUGCCGCGGACCCAGCAGUGCUGCCCGCUGCUGGGGAGCCUCGUCAACCUCGACCUGGCCGCCUGCCUCUGCGCCGCCAUCAGGCUCAACGUCCUCGGCAUCCCCGUCAACCUGCCGCUCGACGUGCCCCUCGUCCUCAACUACUGCGGCCGGAACGCCUCCGCCGUGCCGGGCUCCAACUGCUCCUGACUUCCUGAGCGUGUUCUGUAGCGGAUCGGAUGGUGGAUGGAUGCUCCAUGGCUUCAGGUUAACCGUGAUGAAUAACUGUGUGUUCCCCACUCGCGUGUGUACGUGUAGCAAUCUUCUGUGAAAGGUUCUGUAUGCCACUGACAAGUAAUUCAGUGGCUAUGUGUUCCAUUGGACCAGCUAGCACAAGCAGAAUAAACAGAGUUUACUCUGAUCACCA